GGAGUUUUUUAUUCAUAAAUUAUGAAUCAUGAUUGUUAUCACCUCAAAUGGAAAUGACGAAUGAAAAUAGUAAUAGUUGUUGUAGCCACGUUUGCAUAUAGAGGUGCCGAUUCUCGUCUAGCUCCUGUAGGUGAUCAAGCUCGUUACGGUCCAAAGAAGCGAUCACCGCGGGAACAUUAUGGCCAUUGAUUAUUUAAAGGCUCCAAUAACCCGCCUUGUCAUAUCGGGCAUCAUGGGCACUCAGUAUUUAUGCAAGAGCCGAUGCCGCUCGGCCUCUCACUGAUGAGAGUUCACUCUAUACCGCUGAUUGUCCGCGACUGCAGUUGCAGCUACUCCGUAUGAAGCAUUUCACUAUCCACAAUCUGUGGACGCGCCUGGUAGCUUGCAGCUAUGCUUCUAGUAACAGCGAUAAACACCACAUGGCAUGUGGGGAAUAUGAUGAGACGUUGGAGAAUUUCCUAUUUCAUUGCCCCGCUUUCGCGGCUAACAGACACCAGCACGUAGGUAGGGAGGACGUAAUACCAGACAUGAAUCAACUUAGGGGCGUGGUAUGGAUAACAAUGAGGGAUUAUGAAAGUAGCAUCGAAUUCCUGAAUGAAAAUGAGUCUACAAAUGGUCUUACAUUACAACUGUAAAUUACGGACUUUACUGCAUAAAGAUGGUCAUACUCUCAUUAACGGGCAUCUGUUACCUAUUGCAUGCAACUUGGAAAUAUGACUGAAAUGCAGCCACUUUAUUGUCUUUUUUUAACCAAUAAAAUUAGGACAUAAACAAAUGAGGGUUUUUUUAUGCAUGAUGAUCGAUGGAACUUUGGGUAUAUUGAUCUACCUUGAGGAAGCGCAUAUUUUCCAUAGUUUGAAUGUUGACGUUACCUUUUUAAGUGUACACUGGAAUAAACCAAGACGAAAAAAACAUAUCAGCGUAUUGGCAACUCUGUAAAGUUCCGUUAGAAAUAAAAUUAGCCAUUAUUCCAUUCCACCACCUUCCUGCUAUUCUACUCGCUUUCAUUGAGUACCGACUCAUUCAAUUAUUGAAAAAGAAGCCUAUAAUUAAACUCCGAAAGUGGUUUAGUUACAUAUUUCUUUGAAAAAAUUUGAAAAUUAAGUGGUUACGCUGCAUCAUGGAGUCCCUGCAAUGGGUUGAGGAUGAUCUUAAAAGCGAUUCCCCACCAUUGCAACGACGCCAUCUACGCAGAACAAGAAGUUCGAGUGUUUUCCAAACUUCUACGAAUACAAUCUCCACCAACGACAUUGAAAAUAAAGCAUCAAGAAAUGCGCGCACACGCUCCAUAUCGGUAUUGGAAAGAAGGAACACUGUCCACAUUUUUAAUCCUUCGGAGGAGCGCCAACAAGCACCUGCUAUUCAUGGAAAUACUGUCAUACAUGAUCGUUCAUUCAUGGCUGCUUUUCGCAGUAGCAGAGACAAUGAACCAAAUGUCGAUAUUCAUCUGUUAUAUGGUUCCUCUUCCAGCGUUAUUAAUGCCAUUAACCUGAGCAAGGAAAAAACCAUGGAUCCCAAAAAGACACCUAGUAGCAAAAAGCGCAAAAGCAAAGUAGAUGCUUUGGAGGCACCUCCUCAAAAAACAGAAGCUAUAGAACAGCCUACAUCUGAGGUACCUCAUAGCAGUUCUAAAGCGGAUACGAAAAACCCCAACAAACCUAUCAAUCCAAAACAAAAGAAGCCAACCAAACGUGGUGAACCUCAAAAGCGACGUGUUCAAGGCCGAACGGUCAAGAAAAACAUUAAUAAAAAUAAAAUGGCACCCCCAACUCAAACCGAAGACAAGCUUCAGCCAAUUGAAAAAGAAGAAAAAAUUUUGGAGCCCUGUUGCAGUCUUGUUGAAAACAACAAGUGUACCAGACAGUUGAGCUGUCCCUUCUUACAUUCUGAGUUUCCAUGUAAAUAUUACUAUUUGGGAAUGCAGUGUCCCAAGGCAGUUAACUGCCAAUUUAUGCACAAUGGCAUAUUACCCGACAACAUUAAAAAUGCCUUACAAAAUCACAUAUUGGAUCUGUUAGAGAACCCUGAGAAUACGGAAAUAAUCUUUCUGCAAAAAGCCCAAGAAAUACAGAAUAUAGGGGAGUGUUUACGGAAUUUUCAAGAAAAACUAAGAAACAUAUCAACGCCAAAAAAAUCUACAAAACAUAAUGACGAUGAAUUGGAGAUUGAGCACAAAAGUUUGAAUAACGCACCACACCAAUUACAGAUCAUUGAAACAAACUCUGAAAUGGUAAUCGAUUCGAAAGAAACAAAUACUACAUCUGAAAAUUUUAUUUUGGAGGACACCGAUGAAAUGUUACAAGAGCAUGACAUGUCAAAUAUCGUGGCAAGUGAUAAAGUCGAACCACAGAACGAAAAUAUGACUUCUCCACCCACAAUUAUUUCGGAAAUUAUAAACUUGGACGAUGAUAAUGAAGACGAUGAAGAAGACGAAUACGUUUGCAGAUUAGUGAUUGACGAAAGUUCUAAUGAGAAAAAAGCUAAUAAUAACUCCGAAGAAAAGGUCACAUCGCCACCACUACAGAAUGAAGUGGUGGAAAGCGGCUGUGAAUUUGAGGAUAGAAAUAAAAUUUUGAGUUCUGUGGAAGCAAGUUUGCAGGAAUUGAAAAAUAAUACCACGCUGCCAAAUAUGGAAAAAGCCUCAAAAUUGGUAGAAAUAUUUGAAAAACUAACUGAACAAGAGCAGCUUAUAAAGAGAGAUUUACAGCUACACGACAACAGCCCUAACGAAACGCCAUGCCCAGAUUUGGAAAUAUCUGUUAAUGCCGAUGUUGAACUCCGUUCCACAAAUGUAGAGGAACACUACAAAAUUUUAAAAGAAUCGCGUGAUGUGUGUAAGGAGAGCCUGCAGAAAUUGCAAAGCAAUACUACACCGCGUGCUAAGAACAGAUAUACGGAAUUGAAAGUUAUUCUUGAUCAACUAAAUCAGCAGGAAGAGCUAGUAAGAAAGGCAGGCCAUGCGGAAGAAGAAAUGCAUUCGGUUUCACCUGCAGCUCACUUGUGUGAGGUAGUUGUUCGAGACGCUAACCUUAAUGACGAAUGCAUUUUGUUGGAUGAUGAAUUGGCCGAAGUUUAUAUCCAUAAUGAUGCGGCUUUGCCUAGAGAAACCAGCAAGUACCUUAGGACAAUUGAUGAUACAAAUAUUUCUGGUUUAAAUAAGUGUUCAAACAACAGGGAGGAGAACAUCAUUUCAUUAGAUAAAAAUAUCUCCAAAGAUUGUUCUAUCAAUGCAGAAGCUAUUGAGGUCCCAUGCUCUGAAAAAGUGGAAGUGGUUUCCAUAGAAGUCCUGCCUCCCGAAAUGCUUUUGCAGAAGACGGAUGAGGAGUUUGUAGAUAUGCAGAUGAAGGAUAACAUGCUGAAACCAAUUGCUCCCAAUGACACUGCGAUAGUAACUGAUGACAGUGGGGUACUAGAUGAUCAGGAUGAGCACGAAAAUGAGUGUUUGUUACGUUUAGAGUUGAGCCCUGAGGACAACGAAGUCAUUGAGGACACUAACACAUUUUCAAAAACUACAGAGCCUGAAGAAGAAUCUCCGCUCUAUGAAAUACUUGAAAAUGCAAGUCCUGCACCGAAAAAAACAAAUAAAGGUCGAGCACGUUUGCGAUCCGACAACGUGCAGCAAACUGAAUCUAGCGGCGGCCAAGAAUCAGAUACUUCAUCAGGUGCAACGAAAUCCUUCAAACUUAGAAGAUUAAAAUUAUCCGAAUUAAAGCAAAAAAAGUACCGAAAUGUUGAUGAUACACAAAUGACAGAUAAAGUCAACUUUGGAGAACAUUGUGAGUUAGCUAAAGCAAGUUGUCAAUCAACAGAAAAAACUGACUCAAAGCCGGAUAAUACUGUUGUUGAAACUAGUUCGCAAGAAAGUGUGGAAUCUCUUAUGUCUGUCAUGUACGGAGAAGAUGGCGAUACUGAGGAUUACACCACAGCUGAAAUGAACAAAAAUGCAAUUCCCCCCAUAAAGAAUACUCGUGAUAAAAUUCAAAAGACUCAAGUAGCAGCAGGUCUGCCAAAAGCUAGACGUUUAAAUACCAAAAAUAUCACAAUUACAAAAUCGCAAAAACGCAAAGUAUCAUUUGACACUCCAGGUAUGAGUGCACGUACAUCUGACAAUUCGAAAGCGGCUACAAACAAAUUGCAAAACAGAAGAGGUCCUUAUGUUGCACUUGCCAAAUUGAAACCACAUCUAUUAGAAUCCUUGCAUCAACACAUGCAAGGCAAUGACGCAGGAACUUCAUUUACCGCUAUUACAACAACAUGCAAUACCACCAAUACAUGUAAGAAUACAACCACUGUUACAUCGACUACAACAUCUGUGGGCGUAUUAGCCAAGAAGAGACUUUUCACAAACAGCAGCAAUGAUGGCGAAGACGAAGGCAAAGAUUCUGAUAAUGAAACAAGUGUUCAAUUGAAGCUUGAAAAAUUGGUUUCCUUGGAUAAUGCAGAUCAAAAUGAUAAGGAUCGUGAUAAUUUGGAGGGUACAUCAGUGAUCCGGUUUCGUAAAAAUAUGAUGAUCAAAGAUCUAAGUAAAACUGACUGCUAUUCAUCUGGUGAUGAAAAGGAACAAUCAGUAACCCUGCCUACAUCCGUUUCAUCAGCAGCAACAAAAGCCAAACAACUAAAACUGAACCAAGUAAAAGAGGUCAAAGAAGAAAUUGAUGAGGAUAUACUAGGAGAUUUAGAACAUCGCAUAGAGGAAAAAGGACACAAACAACGACAUGAAUCACACAAUGAUAUUGAACAAAAUGAAAAUAUGAAUUCUAUAAUAGUCCGUCCUAGUACAACCACGGAAUCGAGUAGAAGAUUAUCAACUCGUCGACGUCACAAAUCCCCUGAUGAUGUGUUCAAUGAUUUUCAAGAAAAUAUUAGUGGUCGACGUGGGAGUACUGAUAGAACCAUCAUUCAAUAUGGUUCAGACGAAGAAUGUAGCAAUCGUCGUAUCAGUAAUAAAAACACAUUUUUUAAGAAUUCUUCAGUAAUAAUCAACACAAAAUCAGGUUCCCGAAUUAUACGACCCCAUACAGAUUGGGACUAUCCCCGACAAGAUAUUACGCCUAUAUCUUCACCAACUCAUGCUGAUAGUAUUGCAAGUCCAUCGCCUGGAAAAGGCGGUGGGAAUAUGGUUAUGCCAUAUGAUUAUCAUUUGGAAGAGAUUGAUGCACGUCUUACAGUAUACAUGGCUACUAGGCCAUAUGUGCUUUGGGAAAUCGAUUUGUCAGGCUUGACCGUCAAUAGACCUAAUAACAUUGACAAACUUAAAAAGGCUACGACACUCGAUCCACGAAUUUUUGGACGUGACGUUAAGCCCUUACAAUACCAAAGAUCGGUGAGUGUACCACACAGUUCACACAUGGCUAUAUAUCCAAACGAUCCACGGACUCGUGUUCAACAAUCGUUAAGUUAUGAAAAUGCCGUGGUCUCUUAUAGUGGCAUCAAUACACAAACGAGUUCAGCAUUUGGCAUAAGUUCACAAAUAAUGGGCACUGUCGAUCGUUUUAUUCCAUCUUCUCCCAUGAAUGUGCCACAAGUAGCACAGCGAUCAACCAGCAUGAUCUUGUAUGAGAUUAUACAGAAUUCUACAUGGUUUCUAAGUCUACCCAGUUCUACGCAGAUUCAGGUCAAUCAAACGAUGACACAAUUAAUAAUGGCCUUAAACAAUUUCCAUCGUGAACGACUCCUUAAUCCGGGUGCAGUUUUUGAUAUAUUCAAACUUGACAAUGUUGUAGAACUUCUGAGUAAUAUGAAUAACUUGGGAAUAUGUGUCGACAUGUAUGGUAACGUUGUGAAGAAACAAACAGGCCCGGUAGCCCAGGCAGCCCCAGCACCAAUGCCAAGUUAUACUGCGGCAGCUGCAGCACCAAUGCCAAGUUAUGCUGCGGUCCAUUCGUGUUCUACAUCGGCCGGCUGCAAUGCGGCUUAUAACAAUUUCUUGCAACAAGUUUUGACCCCGACUACAUCGAAUUGUCCCUCAGUGGCAAGAGUGGGCUGCUCUGGCUCCGAUCGCUUUGUUAGUUGUUAUGUAUCACCACCCAAAGUAAUCGAUGGAACAACUUGUUGUGCCCACAAACACCAAACGCAAGAGCAUAUGCCAGCAUCUCAACCAAUGGAAAAAUCUAUGCCGGAUAAUAACUACAUUAACCAACAGAAUGAUAAUAACAAUAACAACUAUAAUAGCAAUGAUAGCUUUAAUAACAACAAUCGCCGUGGUGGAAAUUUCAAUAACAAAUUCAGAAAACCAUACAAUCAGGAUCAGUCACAAACAUCAUACAAUCCACGCUUUUCUAAGCCCUCAUCUCAAUCGCCUUCAAGAGCCUCUUCACCACAACCACAGUCCUAUUCUCCACGCAGAGGUGGAGGAGGAGGUGGUUUUGGAGGUAGAGGAAGAGGAAGGGGUGGUGGACGAUUUAACAACUUCCGCUCACAAAAUAAUGACGAAGGAGGGAGUUCUUGGUCAUCGUCAUCGCCUCGCAAGAGUUUCAACCGAAACAAUAAUUUUAAUAGAAACUCAAACUACGACAACAACAAUUCGAGUAACUCUUACGGCCUUGAUAAUAAUACUUCGGUCGCCAAGUCUCCACCUCCGGCCCCAAGAACUCCUCCUCCUUUUUCGUCGCCCAACAGAGCAAAUCAGUUAGGCUCAUCGCCCAUUCUAAGCUCGCCGGCGAAGCGACAGGUUCAUGCAAGCACUGACGAAGAAAAUUGGGAUUAGAAUAUUCCACAAAAAUUAUUCCCACUAAGAAGUGUUGCUGCCUAACGAAAAGGGAGACACCAGCGCUGUUUCAAUAUUAAUACAUAAAUAUUUAUUUACAUACAUUCCUAACAUGAAUUCCCUCUUGGUUUACUGUCAUAUUCAGAUUUUAUGUAGGCAUCUGUACUUUAUAAGAAAAAGUAUGCUAGCCAUCGUCCUUUGCCGUAUAUUGUACUUGUAUGUACUUGAUAAUACCUCCACCCUCAUAUGUAUUCUUAUAUGUACUUUAAUAUUUUAUUUAAUUUUAAUUAGCUUUGUAGUUAAUACUGAAUUACACGAAAUACAAACAUAAUUUAUGUUAUUUUAAACUUUUUGGUCGCUGUUGAAUAAAAAGCAUUUUAUUUUAUCCCUUAA